AUGGCAGCAAGCUGCGUCCGAGUGGAGCCGCCGGCCGUCGAGUUUAACGACGUCCAAGUGGGACAAGUUUACAAGAUCAGGGUGACGGCGAGCAACGCUGGAAGAACCUCCAAGAAAGUGGUUUGGGAGAAGCCCUCCUCUAAGCUGUUCAGGUUCACAGCAUCUGGUCAGGCUGAGGUGGUGGCUCCUGGUCUGUCUGUAGGGGGCGUGAUAGAGUUCACUCCAGAGGAAGAGAAGGAGGUCAGAGACUGGCUUCUGGUUCACAUCGAUGAUAUGGACAUGAUAAAAGUCCCACUGCUAGGGUCUCCCAGGACCUGUUCCCUCUUCAUGGACUCAUUGUUAGACUUUGGCUGUGUUGUCGCCAGCAGUCAGGUGCUCAGCAAACAUCAUCCGAUAACCAAUCAAGGAUCAGCACCAGGUGUGUUCCAGGUGCAUUACUGUGGGGACUCCUGCCUCAGCCUCUCACCCUCCAGUGGCGUCGUAGCAGCUGGCACCACCCAGUGGCUCAAAGUAGAACUGCGCACAGACAGACCCCGGCACAUGGAGGAGAAGGCUCUGGUGAAGCUCCAGAAUCAGUCUGCUGUUGUUCUCAGCAUCAGGGCUGAAGUGGUGGACCAACACUUGGAGGUCUUUGACCUGCAGGGAGCUCCGCUGUCUUGUCUGUGGUUUGGACCGGCCUACUUUGGGACAUCCUGUGUGAAGAAUGUGGUUCUGAGAAACAACGCACCUCAGGCCUGUGACUGGGUCUGUCUGCUCCAGGGCACUGCUGCUGGCACUGAGGCGGGAACAAACAUCCAGAAGAGCACAGAUGCCGCCUUGCUGGAUAGAAGGGAGAGGUGCAGCCCAGUCAUCCAGGAGGUCUCUCAGGUCUUGGUGUGUGCACCUAAACAAGGCCGACUGGGUCCAUAUGAAGAAACCACAGUGGCAGUGCGCUUCAGCCCCGUCUGCAAAGGUUCGGCUGAAGGGAAGAGACGCGGCUCCACGGUCAGCCGGCAAGACUACAGCCUCUUCCUGCUGUUUGAGUCCGUGACGAGUAACCACGGCUUCACUCACCGUAAUGCUAGCAGCAGUGUGGAGCUCGCAGUGACAGGCUCUGGACUUCCGGUGUCUUUGGUGCCUCGUCCCUCUCACAGAUUCGACUUCCCCAGCUGUGUGACGGGCCAACGCGUGGACCUUCUGUGUGUGCUCCAGAACCUCUGCCCUCAACUUCCGGUCAACUUCCGCUUCCACAAACUGGCACACUUCACCACCAAGCCCUCUACUGGCACCAUUGGCCCUGGGCAGUGCCAGGAUGUAGUUUUUUCUUUCAAUGCACACCAGCAAGGGCGCUUCCAGGUGCAGCAGAAGCUCGAUGCUGUAGGUCUAGUUGCUUGUCAGAAGGCUGACCAUAGAACUGAACUUGAGCUUUGCAGCUUCCACACCAUCAGCCUGCACUUGUCUGCCUCCUGCCACACACAUGUUGCUAUCCUCAGUGCUGACAAAACAGGGCUCCAUGAGCAUCACAGGGACAGGAGUCAGAACACGGAGGAGGAGGAGUUCCUGGCCUUUCCUAAUGACAGAGCUGCGAGCAUCAGGCCUGCCUCUUCACACAGACAGUACAGGACCAUCUUCACUGGUGUACCCCGCUACAGCUAUGUAGACACCGACUAUGCUUUCACCAAGGAAGAGGAAGAGCAACGACAGCGGCAUCGACAGAUUUACGCAGACUUCAUCAAACAGCUCAGACAAACACGACUACAGAGGAUCAACGAGAGACAGCAAGAAAAGAUGAAGGACGAUGUGGACAUUGGAAUUGUUCCUUCUCAGGGGCUUGUUCCUCCGACACUCUGUAUCAGCGACCUGGAGAGCAGUGAGAUCUCAGAGACCAAGGUCAAGCACAGCUAUAAUUCCCCGGGAACCAAAAGCAGCGGCCCCCAAAACCCGACUUCCAGCAGUCGGGCUUCAUUGGUGAUGCAUGCAGUUCCCUCUUCCAGCCAGGAGGUGGCAGACUGCACCAGGACACUGACAGCUCAGGAGCUCUACCAAGUUGUCAUAGGUCCCUCGUUUAUGGACUUUGGCAACGUGUGUGUGCAGUCGGUGUGUGUUCGGGACCUGGAGCUGAUCAAUAAGCUGUCUGUGUUCGUGUGGGUGCAGCUGGAGGUGGACAGCCCAGAGCUGCAGGGCUCCUCACCGCUAUCCCACGUCCUGCCACCCCGAUCACGCAACACCUUGCCCCUGAUAUUUCAGAGCAAAAGGCUGGGUUCCUUCUACAGGCCCGUGUCCUACUCUGUUAAUCAGCAGCACCCCGGUCAGAUACUGGUCCAGGCCGAGGUCAUCCCCUUGACUCUGGAACUGUCCACCAAGCUGCUGGUGCUCCACCCCACCCCCACUCUUCUUGCUGCCUCAGGAUACAGGGGCUCAGUAACCCUUAGAAACCAGUGUAAUGGUGCUGCUGAAUUCACAUGGCAGCCAGUCGUCACAGAGAGCGGGAUCCUGUUCUCUGUUCGACCAGCUACAGGUGUAGUGGAGCCUUACAGAGAAUUGGAUUGUGAGGUGGUGUGGCAUCCGUCUUUCUCCUCGCCGUCAGAGGGAGACUUUGAUCUCUGUGUCCAUGAGGGGAACACACAACGCCUACACUGUGUUGCUAAGGUUGUAGCCACCAGUGUCCAGCUGGCAGAGACGCAGGUCACAUUCGGAUCAGUGCCUCUCAGCGUGCCCUCUAUAAGGACUGCUGUCUUACACAACACUGGACAGAACCACGGCUACUACCAGGUUCUGGAUGUGUGCCCUCUGCCAGGUAUGGUGGUGAGUCCAUCGGAGGGCGUUGUGCCAAGCAGGGGGCAGGCUGUGCUUCAUGUCCACUUCAACCCAGACUGUGUCAUCAAGUUUGACACAAGAGUUGAGAUAGCUCUGAGGAACAUGAAGUGUGUUGAGCUCAGGGUGAGCGGAUCAGUGGAGCCUCCAGAUGUCGACGUCAGUGUGUCACAUUUCCAGUUCUAUGGGGUUCAUGUUGGUUCCCAGCGAGUGAAACCAUUUGCUCUGACAAACCACUCGUCAGCUGCAGCCUGGGUCACCGUCGACCUGUCAGAACAUGAAGACUUCUCUCUCCAGCUCCCUCAACCUUCAGCAACAACGGCACCAGGUGUGAGUGUUGUGGAGGUCCAGGGCUACCAGACAGUGAAGUGCUCCCUUGUCUUCUCCCCCACGCAGAUGGCCAGCUAUGACUUUGACCUGCCACUGAAGGUGAAUGGAGUGAGAUGGCCGAGCGCUCCUCAGUCUCCUUUCCCCACUCCAUCCUCCUCGUCCCACUCCUCCUUGCUGGCUGCUGGCAGCAGGAAGCACAUGGUGAAAGCACUUCCUUACUCUGCCACUCGGGUGACAGGGCAGUCACUGGGCAUACAGGCCACAGUGCUGUGCGCCCCAGUAGAAAUGUCCCCCUCUAGUCUACAGUUUGAUGUGUUGCCACAGUCUGACACUUACACGAAGGGUCUGAAAAAGUGA